AUGGACACAAACAGAAUCGAAGACUUCCCAUCUCACUGGAAAGCAACACUCCUCGGAAAGGAUUUCUGGAAAGACGCUGAGCGAUUCAACCAGCCCAUCCACGACGGCGUUGAAGCAAGUCGCAGUGUAACUCAUCACACCAAACCCUCCUUCGCUCCGAGCCCACCAAGAAACCCUCUACUCGGGACCAGCGCGAAGCAGGACGAGCCUGUGAAGAAGCAGCGCCGUCGCUUUAGCAUGAGUGAUGCCCUGAGCCUGAACUCACCCUCACCCAGCACACUCAACUCGCUCUCCCCAAGCGGUGUCUUCGAUCUGACCAAGCACCCACCCCUGCGCUCCCAGUCUCGCUCCCCAACUCGCGCCCCCAGAAUCUCCUCCGAGACCCGUCGCCACCGCGCCCUCCUCCGCACCCCCUUCAACAUGGCCAGCAGCAAGAGCAAGAAACGAGAGAAGAGCGAGUUUGACCUGCCACCCCAGCAACUAGGCAUACCCACUCACCCACUCCUUCACUUCCGCGGCGGCGCCACCUGGUCCCGCCUCCCACGAACCCUACCCACACUCGCUCUCGACCUCUUCCACCCCGUCAGACCCGACCAGGAGACCGAGGAGACGAUCCUGCCUCUCGACGAGCUGGCACCACUAUGCCAGUUCCGCGGCCUGCGCGUUCUCAAGCUCACCGGGAUGAUGCAGUCCUACCAACGAUACAUCUGGCAGGCGGCGUGGCUGAACCCAGAACUCGAGGAGCUCGAGCUGGGGAUGGCGCUGGAGCCGCGCCUGCGCCGCAGGGAAGACGGGCAGCGAUGGCCGUAUAUCAGGGGCGGAUGGACGCUGGAUGCGGCGCACUACGGCGAGCCUGUAUACUACGGCCAUCUCGGCGCCGGCACACUGCACCCACACCUCGGCGCAGGCGAGUACCUCGACAAGACGGCGUUCGAGAAAGCCAAGGUCCGCGCGAUGGCGGUCGGGCGCACGCCGCACCGGCUCCCGCUGCGCACACUCACGCUGACCAACUUCGUGGUCGACGCGGACCCUUUCAUCCACUGGUUCGACCCGGCGCGGCUGCGCUGCAUCCAUUUCAGGGACUACUGCGUGGACGCGGGGUUCUAUCUGCCGUGGCCGAUGAGGGGGGUGAGGAUCGUGUAUCCGCGCGAGGCGGAGAGGGUUGUUGCGGCGCGGGUGGUGGAUGUGCGUCGCGAGGUGAGGGUUGUUGAGCUCCGUGGGGGAAGGAAGGUGGGCGAGGGCCCGUAUCGCGGGGUGCAGGGGGGUUGGGCUUUCUCUGCUUUGCAGGGUCAGGGUCGGGGUCUGUUGCGCAGGAUUGGGGAGUUGAAGGGACAGAAGAGGGAGGAAUCAGGCAGUCGAUUUCCACUUGGUUCGGGCUCGUAA